GCGGAGCGGCGGCCAUGGCGGAGGCCGCCAUCCUGCGGGUGAGGCACUGCCGCGCCGACAUCUUCUGCCGCCGGGCCCCGCCGCGCUGCCCCGCCUGCGGCCUCCCCCUGAGCGGCGCCGGGCUGUCCGCCGCCCCCCUCCGCCUGCCCAGCCCCUUCCGACACGGCCACCGGCAGCCCCGCGCCUUCCUCCUGCGGCCCACCGCCGGCUCCUUCCUCGGAGGAUACGACGGGGAAUCCGACCUUCACGUUGGAAUAACCAACAGUCACGGUGUGGUGUAUAAUUACAACGAAGAGGGCAUUCACAGAGCUGAAACUGGAUGGGAACAGUGCAUAAGUAUUCCACUAGUGCAACCAGACAUGUUUGGGCUUCUUCAGGAGUGGGAUAAGCUCCUAGAGGAAUUUUCUGUGGGAGAGGCCUGGCUUCCUCACAGGUAUGAAGAACAUGAUCAUAACUGCUACACAUACGCCCUGGCGUUCAUUAACAGUGUACUGACCGCACAAGGGAAACGGCAAAUGAGUAAAAGUGAAUUUACAGAGAAAUUUGUGAUCCCACAGACAAAGAAAGCUUCCAAAUACAUUACUCUGCAUCAGGAGCUAACAGCUAAUGAGUUCUACAUUGUACCCCUUCCUGAUCAAGAGAACCAGAGCUGAAAAUGACAAGUAUUAAAACAUCUACAAUAUGCAAUAGGAAGCCUUAAAGACUCCAAAUCUCAGGGUUUAAGAUGCCCAAUCUAUUUAAUGUAUUUAAAACCACAAUUAAUUUAACACGUUAAGCUGCACAUCAUGGAAGGAUCAGGAAACUGAACUUGGACAUUUGAAUGAAAUAACAUAUAAUGGAACUAUUCAUAUGGAAAAAUGUUUUCCUAUUUAUUUACAUUCACAUUUAUAUGCUCUGUUCUGUCAAGACACUUAAUACCAGAAAUCGUAACUGCUGUAAAUUAAGGGUUUUAACAAAUGAGCUGUGGUAACUUAAGCUAUAGCAAACCACAAUGUUUCUUUUUCCUGUCACAUUUGUUUACUGAUGAGUGAAAAAAGGGAAUUUGUGCUUGCGUGCUGCUGAAAUCCAAAGUCAAUGACUUAAUGCAGAUUCACUACAAGCACAGUUAUUUU